GUAACUUCUCCAUCUAUUUAUUAAUUCUGUCGUGAACCGAUCGCCUCCACCUCUGCAGUCGUCGCUUUCUCAUUUUCUUGUCCUGUUUUUAGGGUUGGUUGGGAUUUUCAUGGCGAAUCCGGAGGAAGUAAGCCCUCUCCUGACGAAGAAGGAAGCCGAACAAGGCAAAGUCAUCCCUCUUCUGACGAAGAAGGAAGCCGAUCAGGGCAAAGGCAUCGCGGAUGGAGGACUGAAAAAGACGGAGAAGACUGAUUUCAAUGGUGGUCCCGUCGGAUGGACGGCUGACGGAUUACCCUUAGGGCAUGGGAGCGUCCUCGGAGAACCGGUAGCCCGCUUCCGCUGGGAUUCCAGUCUUUUUGCCUGCCUCGGCCGCAACGAUGAUUUUUGUAGCAGCGACCUUGAAGUCUGUCUUCUUGGAAGUUUUGCUCCUUGUAUCCUGUAUGGCAGUAAUGCUGAGAGGCUGGGAGCAAGUCCAGGCACUUUUGCAAAUCACUGCUUGCCUUACACCGGUCUUUAUCUGCUUGGAAAUUCCCUUUUUGGUUCGAAUUACUUGGCACCCUGGUUCUCAUAUCCAAGCCGCACAGCAAUCCGCCAGAAGUUCAAUCUUGAGGGCAGCUGCGAGGCAUUAUCUAGAUCCUGUGGAUGCUGCAGAGGCAUCAUAGAAGACGAAGUGCAACGCGAGAAUUGUGAAUCAGCAUGUGAUUUUACAACCCACUUCUUCUGCCAUACAUGUGCUCUGUGCCAAGAAGGAAGAGAGUUGCGCCGCAGGCUUCCUCAUCCUGGUUUUAAUGGGCGGUCAGUUGUGGUUAUGAUCCCACCAGCAGAACAAGCGAUGGGACGUGGACCCUAAAGUCUCUGCAUUAUCAUCUAUCUGGAUUGCACUCGUUAUUGUAAAACUAAAGACCGUUUGCUUUUGUAACUCAUGCGCAACAUGUCCUAUAUAUGUCCUGAUCCAUCUUUACUAUUACUUUCAUUUUAAAGGGCAAGGGUAAAAUGAUUUGAAGGA